UCAGCUGACUGUGAGUCCCAGCAGAUCCCAGUUCUUCAUGAGAGAAUCAGUGACUCUGAUCUGUGAGGAUGAAAACAGAUCAGCUGGAUGGACAGUGAGGAGAAACACCAGCAGAGAGACCAGGAAGCCAUGUGGAGAUGGAUGGGGAGAAAAUGAUGGUUCUACCUGUUACAUCAGCUACUUGUUCACAUCAGAUACUGGUCUGUACUGGUGUGAGUCUGGAUCCUCCAGCAGCAGCAGCAGCAGCAGCAUCUCUGUGUUGAAAGGAUCAGUGAUCCUGCAGAGUCCUGUCCUCCCUGUGAUGGAGGGAGAUGACGUCACUCUGAGCUGCAGAGCAAGGAAUCCAACCCACAACCUCCCAGCUGCUUUCUAUAAAGAUGGCUCCUUCAUUGGUGAUGGAUCAGCAGGCAGCAUGACCCUCCUCCAUGUUUCCAGCUCUGAUGAAGGCCUCUAUAAAUGUAGCAUCAGCGGUUCUGGAGAGUCUCCAUCCAGCAGGGUCUCUGUCAAAGGGAGAGUCUCCUCCACCUCCAUCCCUUCCUCCACUCCUCCUUCCUCCAUCUCUCCUCCUCCUGGUUCAUCUUUUCCCUCCAUCAUAUCAGUUGCUGCCAUUUUUAUCUUCUUGGUUUUGCUCUCAUUGAUUCCUCUGGUUCUUCUGGUGAGACGAUGUUUCUGCAGGAAACCUGAAGCUGAAGAAGGAAAAGAUGGAGAAAAGGAAAUUAGAGAACUGAAAACCUUCAUUAACCAGCUGCAGCCAAUCAGAAGCAGCAGAGGAACCUCUACAUGUGUCCUCUACUCAGCGCUGAGGACAGACGUCCAUCAGGGACGGAUCGUCUGCAGAGCCUCAGCGGCUUCGUCUCCAAUCUGAGGAAAUCUGGUCCAAAUCACCAGCACAGAGAUCUGGAUCUGUUUUCCUGCUGCAGCAGCUCCAAGCCUUUAACAUCUGGCCCACAGCAUGAUACCCACUGACCCGGUUCUGGUCCAUCGCUCUGAUCCUCUCAGACUUUCUCUGUCAGGAGGUCAAAGGUCACAGCAUCUGACUGCAGGGUUUAGAAACAACCGAUGAGUUUCUGAAGUAUUCUCCUGGUCCAACAUCCAGUCAUCACGUGACUCCAUGAACAUGAUUCAUGCUGCCACCUGGUGACAGGAAUCUGGUACUACAAUCACAAUAUCUCAGCGUAAAACAGGAGCGUCCAAACUGUCCUAAACAAAGUCCGACUUUGGACACGGUUUACAAGAAAGACACUUGUUUUAAUAUCAUCCAUCCAUUUUCUAACAGCUUGUCCCAGUGGGGUCAGAGGUCAGGAGGUUCUGCUGCCUCUCCAGCUCAGGUUCUGGGCGAGAGGCGGGGUCACCUGGAUGGGUCACCUGGAUGGGUCACCUGGACGGGUCACCUGGACGGGUCAGCUGGACGGGUCACCAGUCUGUCACACAACUGUUUUAAUACCUGAUCAGGUUUUAGAGAAAUCUGAUUCUAUCAGUUAUAUUUGUGAAAAAGAAGAAUCAAAAAUAAAAUUAAUAUUUACUGUAAAGACAUUCUAUAUUUUGAUGCAAAAUAAAAGUGGCUCUAUAUUUUUCAUCAGGAUGUACAAAAUAGAACCACAGUAUAUUCUUGCAUAGUUAUGGUUAUGUAUAUAUCUGCAUAAAGUACAACAUUUUAAAUAAUAAACACCAAUAUGCACAUUUUUCUUUUACUUCAAAUAUUGUAUGCAUGGAUUAUUUUUAGGAUUAUUUGUGAUGUAGAAACAUAAAGACAGUGAAGGUAAAAAUGAACCUGAGUUACUUUGGCAGAAACAAAAAUCCUCUUCUGCACAUUAAACAUUAAAUUAUCCACAUUUUUCUUGUGUUGUAUUUAUUUAUCUAAAAUAAAAUAAUAAUGAAACUGUAAUAAAGUGGUUUACAUACAGUUCCAGGUAUAGUUCUGAGUCGGCCAGUUUAUUACAAUGUGUCAGCUGAAAAUCAGUAUUGAUGU